AUGGAAAAACUGAAAACUAAAAUUAUGGAACAGCAAAACGAAAUAUCUUUAAUUAGAAAUGAGCUUGAGAAGUAUAAGUAUGGCGUAAUCACGGAAGUUUCAAUAUGUUCAAAUGAAAUGAAAAAUUCCAGUGACAACUGUUGCUCUAAUGAUGUGUCAACUGAAGAUAACAAAGAAAUAGCAGGAUGUUACGUAUUUCAAGAGAUGAUAAAAGAAAUGGGAGAUAAAGAUUUCAAUCCAGAACAAAUCUGGGAAUUUAUAAAUAACAGGCUUGAAUAUAUUUUUGGGCAUAAUAAGAAACUUAAAGAUCCGGGAGAGCAAGAUAAAAACAAAUAUUUAUCGUUGAUAAAUUAUUUGCAAGAUUGGAACGAUAGAUUACACAUGAAUUUUCCCGUAAUCGUAUGGAAAAAGAAAGCUGAAGAUUCUUUUGAAUCUCCAAGAGUUCCAUACAAUUCAUCAAUUUCUAGAAGCUGCUGUGCGUGA